UGGAACUCAGAGGGCCGGGAGGAGCAGUGCGCCUGCGCAGUGGGGAGCUUCGAGGCGGGGGAAGGCGCCUGCGCACUGGGAAGCUCAAAGGACGGGGGAGAAGUGCGCCUGCGCGGUGUGGACCUCGGAGGGCGGGGGAGGAGCGCGCUUGCGCAGUAUGGCGCUUGGUGGACGGGAGAAGUGCGCCUGCGCAGUGUGGAGCUCGGAGGGCGGGGGAGAGCGCGCCUGCGCAGUGGGGAGCUCGGCGCGGACGGCCCUCCGGUUCCGCGGUCGGCCGAGACCACUACCGCCCCCCGCGCCCGGGCUCCCUUUGCGGCGGCCAUGGCGGAGGCGGAGAGCGGGAUCGGGGAGGCGGCGGCGGCGAUGCUGAGGCGGGCGGUGGAGCUGGACGGCGAGUCGCGCUUCCGGGAGGCUCUGCUCUGCUACCAGGAGGGCAUCGGCCUCCUCCUGCGCCUGCUCAAAGGCACGCCGGACGAGGCCAGGAGGGACCAUUACCGGCGGAAGGUCUCCGACUACAUGGAGAGAGCGGAGGGGAUCAAGAAGCUCCUGGCCCAAGAGAGGGAAGGCGGGAGGUACCACCGGCGGAUCAGGAUCGAGGACGACGCCACGGGCUUCGGCUACGAGUCGCUGUUCCGCCGCUACCUCGGCGAGGCGGUGACGGAGGUGUGGGUCGAGGACCCCUACGUCCGCCACGUCCACCAGCUCUACAACUUCCUGCGCUUCUGCGAGAUGCUCGUCAAGAGGGCGGCGCGGGUGAAGCGCAUCCACCUCCUCACGGCCAGGGACGAGGACGGCGGGCGCGACCGGCAGGCCGGGGGCCUGGAGGAGAUCAGGCGGUCGCUGGGGAAGCGCGGGGUGGUGCUGGAGAUCGAGUACUCGCCCUCCAUUCACGACCGAGAAAUCAGAUUCAACAGCGGCUGGAUGAUAAAGAUCGGAAGGGGCCUCGAUUAUUUCAAGAAGCCACAGGGCCGUUUCUCCCUCGGAUUCUGCGACUUCGACCUGCGGCCGUGCCACGAAACGACAGUGGACAUCUUUCACACCGAGCACACGAAGGAGACGGAGCGGCGACUCUGACCGACGCCCGGACGCCUCCCCCCUCCCCCCCCCCCCCAAUCGGCGCUUCCCGCGGGAACCCGGAAAAGAGAACGUGGCCCCCGCCGA